AUGACUUCGAAUUCCCAUCCAAUCCUGGACCUUCCUGUGGAGCUGUUCCAUACAGUAUUAUCGCAUCUACCAAAUCGUGAUAUCAAGUCCCUACGCCUUGUCUCUAAACAAUUUUGCGAUUCGGUAGAGCUCCGACUGUCCCGAGUGUUUUUGUCGGCCAAUCCCCUGAACAUCAAGGUCUUCCGCGCAGUUGCAGAUCACAACAAAUUUCGCUACAAGAUCACAGAAAUCGUCUGGGAUGACACGCGGGUUUCCCGUGGCCCUCGACCAGAUAUUAUCGAUCCUAGGCGCGGUAUCUUCCUACCAAACUCGGAUUUGAGUGAUAAUGAGAUUGAAGAGUCAUUCGACGAAGAAGAUUCUGAUCAUGAGCAUUUCGAAGACGACGAGGAUCUCGACUCUAUUCAGCGAGUGAAAAAUAGUGAGAAUUUCAACAGGCAAAAUUGUCCUCUCUGGUUUAAGGCUGGAUGCGUCGAAAGUCUUGAGCGUAUCUUCGACCGGCGAUCAGGGCCUGUACUUUUGCCGCAGGACUGCCCGACUAUGAGAGAGCUGUGUUCAACUGGGCCCUCAUUAAGCGAGUGUUGGGAAUUUUAUCGUGGGUUGGUCAGGAAGCAAGACGAUGUUCUAGCUGGAGGCUAUGACGAAGAGGCUUUUGUCUAUGGGCUCGAACAGUUCCCUGCACUGAACAAAGUCACAGUGACGCCGGCAGCCCAUAAUAUGCUCUUUACUCCAUUUUACCAAACUCCUAUGAUUCGAGCGUUUCCACGAGGAUUCAUCUACCCUGUUCCCUACGGAUGGCCAACAUCACUUACUGAAGAGCCUGAGGAUGUGAUCACAUUUCCUUGGCAAGGUGUUGAUGAAAGGCACAGAGAAAAAUAUCGUGGAUUCCGCAUUGUGAUACGUGCGCUCGCCCAGCAGAAACACAAUGUGGUGGAGCUAAGUCUCGAUGCUCGGCAACGUUUCACGGGAAUUAAUUGCACGAUAUUUGAUGAACCUUGCCCGGAAUACGAUCAUUUCGUCAAGGUGCUCAAGAAACCGGGAUUUCGCCACCUUGAUCUUCCUUUCAUCUUCGGUGGAAGAACAUUCGAAUCGAACUGGGAAUCUUUUCGUAAUGGCAGACUUUACGCCGCACUAAGCGAAGCAGUCAACUUGGAGGAGUUCAGCUUCUAUACCGCAGGAUUGGAUUAUUACGUCGAGUGCCAAGAGCCACCAAUUACUACCGCGCCUGUGCUCUUAGAGAGAAUCUUCCCUCUCGAGAAAUGGCCCAAACUUCGGCACUUCGAGUUAUCACGCUUUAUAGUCAGCCAGGCUGAUCUCAUCCUAUGCCUUUCGAAACUGCCAGAUACUCUCCGCUCCGUGAAGUUGAGCUUCCUGGUGUUCGUCGAUAAUGGCAAUCUGUGGCGUGUCUUCCUUACAGAGAUGCGCAGACAAAUCCGCGAAAGGCAUCUUUGGCCUGACCGCCGACCAAAAUUUAUUAUCGGCACUGAGCAAGGCGGUCAUUGUCAGGGGGAAGCUGUCUGGUUUGAAAAGGACAUAGAGUCCUUCUUAUACGAAGACGGAGAAUGUCCAUUUAAGGACUCCCGGGGCAACAGGCGGAGUUGGAUUUGGAACACUGAAAGAUGCAUUUGA